UAGCAUCAUCAGUUCUUCAGCUCAGCGAGACACCCUGGCUUCAACAUCCGUGGAAUAAAUAUGAGAUUCGGUUUCUGAGACUGAGGGAUAAUUGUCGCGAGACUAUAGAUAUAUUUGAGUCAUAGACAUAAGACUCAAACUGGGACUGCCCCCUUUCUAGGACAUCAGCGGAUUGUUGGACAGAACAUGUUUUGCCUUGCUAUCAUGCUGCUUGAAAUCAAGUUUGGUAGGCCGAUCGAGAGUUUACAGCAGCAAGAAGAUUUCGGACCAAAUGGUAUACCGAAUGAGGCGACUGACCUAACAACAACUAAUCGAUGGCGAAAGGGAGAGGUUGAACAAGGGAAUUUAUCCUGGGCAUUCGCUAAAGCUAUUAUAUAUUACCUACCUUCAAUGCUAUCUCGACCCAUUUGCAUCAUUUGGUAACGCGGACUUUCUCUAAGGCGGUAGAGGAGAAAGUUCUUGAGCCUCUA